AUGUCGUUAAGCUCUAUCCAACCAGAUUACGAUGGGAAUCGAUCGCCUGGACUCUCAACCAACCUAUCAUCCAACAACCCCUUUAGGAAUCGAGCCGUGUCUCCAGCUAUGUCCUCUUCUACCCAACGUGCCCACCGAGAACCUCCUCCACGACCUUUAUCACGGAAUCCAUUUCUCGAUUCUCCAGCUACAAACCAAACAUCAUCACCAGACAAAAUGGCAUUCUCUCGAACAAGCCCAAGUUCAUCAGGCCCAGCUCUGACUGGGCACGCUGCGGAUUUAUUUGACGAACUGACACUUGGAGAUAAACCUGUCCCGGACAGAAGUCAAAAACCGGGAUUGAUGCGCUCAAACACGUCCGCAAAUCAACAGGCUGAAAACAUUCCACCAGGACGACCAUCAGGUCAUAGACCAAUGCGAUCCCAAGAGGAGACGAUGCGUGCGAGAAGACCAGCCGGGAAACCAUCCUCAAGCAAACCCCGCAAAGAAGAAGAGCUAGAUAUCUUUGCCGAUCCCAGCGACAGCCCAAAACGAAGAGCAAGACGUAAUUCGGACACAUCCAUCAUGGACCGAAAGCCCAGAUUACUUGACCCAGAAGAUGAACGCAGACGCUUAGAGAAAGAAAAGAGACAUCGUGAUCGUAAGCGUGCGCAAGACAAGACCAAGAAGAAGGCACCCCUAGAUGUUAUCGAUCAAUUAGAUGCCACGAGCAUUUUUGGAAUUGGAGCAUUCCAUCAUGAUGGACCAUUCGAUGCUUGCUUGCCAGGCCGUAAUCGAACAGGAAGUCGACGUGCACCAAUGCAAGCUUUUGCUAAGGAUUCAGCCAACAAUUCGCUUGGUGGCGGAGGACCUUUGAACCAGAAGCCUGAUCAUGCAACAUUUAUGGGCAACAACGAUGCGGAAGCACAUCUCGAUUAUUCCCGUGGAGGAGAUAAAGUCGACAAUUUCCAACCUUAUGGGCAUCGCCCUGGUAUGCCUAGCCGCACAGAAUCUGCCAUUGAAAGUGCAACCAGCCGUGUUGAACCAGUCCAUGGUGAGGAGUCGAUGGGUCUUGGAACCUCUACUUUCCUUGAGGGUGCCCCAGCUUCUCGUGCAGCUGUUCAAAAGAAUCAGAAUGAGCAAUUUGGUAUGGAUGGUGGCCUAUCUCGAAAGAAGUCAUUGGCGCAGAAGAUCCGAGGCAUCAACAGCCGACGCGACUACGGACCUUCUGGGAGAAUGAAUAGCCCAGAAGGCAUGUACACUUCAAUUUCUCCAGAUGGGUACACCCCUGGUGGAAGUAGAGCAAAUGAAGCAAACCCAUUCUUCAAUGAAUUUGGCAAAGGGGAUGAUACUAUCAAGGAGGAGUUCGUCACAUUCGCUGAAUUGCCACCGAGACCUGGCCGCUCUCGCGCUCCUUCUAACCCCCCCGGAAUCGAAAGACGUGUUACUAGCGACAGUAUGGGGGAAUCUACCAAAGGGCGUAUGGGAGUACACAUGAACAAACCUGUAACUCGAGGGAUGUUGAAAGAGGGUGAGGAAGAUGAGAAGCUUGUUUUUAAUGCCAGUGAGCUUUGCGGGUUGGAAUGGGUCUUGGGCAGUGGGUGGUUAGUAGCCGGGCUGGGAGGUUCUGGUCUCGAGGGUUGGGGUGAAUCAGGGAUGCAGGGAGUCAAAUGGUUAUGGAGGAAACCUAGGUAG